GAUGAGUGGUUGAUAAAGCGUUUGUUACCAGCUUCAGUUGUUCACGGCCGUUAACCACGUACGCUACCUAAUUUUUGCGAUGCAUAAAUAAAUGAGCCAAUGCAAUUCCGAGGUUGCGAUAAGGGCCAAAUGUUUUGAAAUUUCAAGGAUAAUUCAGCAAGAGUCGACUCGGAAGUAGCAUUGGCUCAUUUAUUGAUGCAUCGCCAAGAUGAAGUGGCGCCCGUGAUUAACGUCCGUGUUGUUGUUCUGUGAACUGCAGAGUAUCGUCAGGUGUCUAUACCUGAUCUAUAUACGUGUAUCGGAGGGUGUCGUAAGAGUUGUGCACCAUGGCUUUGCAAGGGUUCGAUGAGAGUUAUGCCGGCAAAUGGCAGCUGAUAAAGCACGAAGGGCUUGAUGCGUUCUUAGAAGCAAAUGGACUUAAUUUCGUGAUCCGGAAGUUCGUGUUGUUGUUCAAGACGACGAUGGAGCUGAUCCGCGAGGGUGACAGCAAGGUGAAGGUCAUCAUGAAGACCGGAAAGACGAUAGAGGCCGUCAUGGACUUCUCACAGGAGUACGAGGGCGAUGACGGCUUCGAUAAUAAAAUUAAGGUAAAGGCCACGUGGAACCCGUCAACGAAGCAAAUGAAAGCCGAGACCACACCCAUUGAGGGGUCAAAGGCAAAACGAUCCAUCGUAGAGAAAAGUCUUAUGCCAGACGACAAUAACAUGAUGCUGGAAGUGAUGACAUUGCCCGACCACAACGUAACAUGCAAGCGAUACUUCAAGAAGGAAAGCAUGCCGUAAUCUGCUUCAAAACUAGAUUUACAUUACUCGUUUUUGAAUUGCAUCAUGUUGCGAUUUAUUAUAAGUUUAGUGUUGUACAGUUGAACGUGCAAGGAUCCUACUUAUCAUGAUAAUGAUAUAAUACUUUAAUUGUUCAAACUCGCAGAUAUCUCCAUAAUAUAUCAUACACUUACUAUCACCCCACCGUUUUCUAAAUGAACUAGUAUAAUGUUAUUUGAAGAAAUGUUUGCUCAUAAACCGGUAUAGGGUAUAUUACUGGCCCGGUAUAUUUCAAAUACAAGCUCGAAACCAACCACGUCUUGGAGGUUUGUUAUUACCUCCCAGCAGAUCUGUGGGGUGGGUUUGUUAAUGUUGAUUUUACGGCAAUUCUACACAAAAAGGUGAUUUCUCGACGCUUUUUAAUUAUAACAUUGACAUGAAUUAAGAAAUUAAAACUUUUUUUUUAAAGUCAAUGAAUAUAUAUUGCGGCACUGUUCUGAAAAAAUCGUUUUGGGCAAAUAGAAUCAUCACAUAGCAAUAUAUACAUAAUAAAACACAUACCUUGUCACGCAAAUGGGAUGGCCUGCAAUUGAGAUUACAGAUUUACCACAUGGAAAUCCCAACUAAACCGUGCACAUCUGUUCAAAUGACACAUACAUGUUGUUGACAUAAUAUUUGGUUCUUUAACAAACAGGGGUACACAUUUUUGUAUUGGCAUGUGGCGUUUUGAAUUUAAGUGAAAUACACGAUAUCGGAUAAUAUAGAUCUUAUAUACAAGUAGUAAUGUUUAACAUUCCACAAUCAGAUUCAUUUAUUGCUUCAUGUUUUUUGUUUUUUUUUUUUUGUUUUUUUUUAAAUCGUACAUACUCGCUGAAAUAUAUCAAACUAAAAAACUCCAGAAACCCUUUCCAGUGAAAAAUCUUUUUAUGCUCUUCUUUCACACCAGAACACCAAAUUUAAAAUACAUUAUACAACUGGGAUCAGCCCCAUGAAAAGAUCAAUUAAAAACAUUGGAGCUAGGAGUCUACAUAAUUAAAACUAAUCAAAGUACUGACAGUACUGGUGUGACGAUGCUUUUGAAAAGGAUGGAUAUAAAAGCAUCAAUUUAAGUUAUCUACAUCACCACAAUUGUGUAUGUGGGUACGAAAAUAUGAGCACGAACAAAAUUUGGGUACGAAAAUUUUGGGUACGAAAAAAUUAUGCCGGGUAAGUAGUAUCCGUUGGGAACUUGACCCAUUUAUCAAAACUGGGAGGCGGUUUACAUUCUCGAUCAAAUCUAAAAAUAACUACAUUCGGGGUGUUCCCAGCGUCACAGCGUUUGAAUUUCAGUUUCGUGUCUGGUUCCUGUCCCGAACCUCUCGAUAAAUUUGAAAAAGGACGGGAACCAAGCUACCUUUACCUUUACCAAUGAUACUCAGCGAGGUAUGCCGAUUGAGAAAAUGUGUCUGUCUGUCUUUUACAUAGGUCGCCAUUGUGAAGAAUUUGUUCAUGGUAUAAUUACUUAGACGAGCUGCUUCGCUGAAGCAGCAUCGUUAAAAACGAACUUUGUAAAAAUAGCAUUUGGUAUAAAACUUGUUUGAAUAUAGUUAGUACUUACAACAUAUGUUUGGUAAAAGUAUAUCUUGUACGUAAUUAAUAUUAGUUUGUGUUGCAUUUACUUUAUUAUAUACGUCUUUGCGAACAUGUUUUUUUUCAAGAAACUAACGAAAGUUGGUCGUAUUAUUCGAUUAUUAUUUAAGCACAGCUGAAAUAGCAAUUAAAGCUGUUUUUUCUAUGUCGCAAAGCUUCGAUCUUCCAGCCUUCCACUGAGAAUUCAAACUGGUAGAUAUGCUGGUCAAAAUAUACCACGAAAUGAACGUUUUUGCCUUUGUUGUAACGAAUUAGACAUUGAAGAUGAGUACCAUUUUGUCUGUAAAUGUCCAUUAUACGUUGAUAUUAGAAAAAACUAUUUAAAGAAAUGUUAUUACAAUAGGCCUUCUGUUUACAAAUUCCACUAGUUGCUGAAUACAACGAAUAAAUUUGAACUUAUUAAGUUAGCCAAAUUUGUAAAAGAAGCUCUGAUUUUAAGAAAUAAUAUUACUAAUGCUGUUAAUUAAUUUAUAUAGCAAUCCUCCAUAUAUUACCUUGCCUUUUCGUAACCGUAUACGAUGCUGAUUAUGUUAUUGUUACUACUAUGUUUAUCUCUGUAACUUUUCCUAAACGUAUACGAUGCUCCUUAUGUUUAUAUUAUUACUAUGUUUAUCUCUGUGACAUAAUUGUAUGUGAAAUAUCUAUUGUUUAGACGAUGUACACUGUGCAAGUCUGAAUAAAUAUUUGUCUUGUCU